AUGACAGAUGUAAAGGGAGCUUAUUUAAUUUUUGAUAAUGCGUCAAAUGGAUCAUUAUUUAUUGUAUGGAAAAAAGAGAAAGUGGAAAAUGCGUUACUGUACAUAAGACCAACAAAGCCUGUUGCAGAGUUUAAAUUUACAAGUAAUAGUGGGAAGUCAGAAUUAAUUAGAAAUUUACAAUCGGACAAAAAGUUAUUUUUUUCAGGUCUUUGCCAAUUUUUCAAAGAGGCAAAGGACAUAAAGGGAGUGAUAACUUUGUUACCACAUUUUAAUGACUCAUUCCCAAUAAAAGUAAAUUUCUAUUUUUUAAAAGGAAAUAAUGUAAUACCACUAAAAGUUAAUGAUCCUUUUGAUUUAGAAGGAGUUGAUGCAAUAAGCGUAUUACCAAAUGGUUCAAGUUCAUUACAAGUUAAGACAAUGAAGAAAGACAUGUUUGUGUGUAGAGGAAAUGCAGAAGGCGCUAGUCUUUCUUUUUAA